AUGGCAGAUCGUGAGUGGAUGUAUAGUGGUUGGAAGCGUGGUAGGCUAUCAAAUGAAUGGGUUGAUAAAACAAAAGAGUUUUUGGAUCAUGCCUUCUCAAUUCCUGAAUUAGUUGAGUCUGAUACAAUUAAGUGCCCUUGUUCCAUGUGCUGGAAUUAUUUCAGGCAUAAAAGGCCUAGGAUAGAGCAACAUUUGUGCCACAAUGGGUUCAAGGAAAAUUACCAAACUUGGACAGCACAUGGGGAGAGGCAGGGAAAUCACAACCUUGAGAUUGGUUCUGGGGUAGAACAUGAGGGAUUUGGUGAGAUAGAUCGGAUGGAUGCUAUGCUAGUUGACUUAGCUGGUGAGCUCCCAUCAUUAGUUGAUGAAACACCAACUGGUUUUGCUGAAGCCUUCUAUAGAAUGGUUGUUAGUGCAGAUGAGCAAAAAAGGAGUCUUGGGCAAGAAUCUCGGGAAAAAAAUCCUGAUGGCGCUCAAAACAGGGGAGGUUCUAGGCCACUAGUUGAGACUCAACAAUAUCUGGAAGCUAAGCAUGGACCUGGGAAGGGCACUAUAAUAAAUGCUUUUUCCUGCAUGAAAGCUGGCCUUAAGAAUUGUGAUGCCAAUGGGAAUGCUGGCCCAAUUCCAGAACGGGCAAAGAAACUUGUUGAUGACUACAAUGAAGCAUUGCAAGAAAAGUAUCUAGAGAACUGGCAAGAGCAACCUUUUGAUGGAAAUGGUGCUGUCAACAAGGCUACAAUAAUUGAUGCUGCCAAGGCAAGUGGAACAAGGCCAGCAACCUCAAGGGCUUUUCAAAAUCUGUUGGCAAGAUAUGAGGAAUCACUUGCCAACGUUGGUCGCUUAACUGAACAAAACAAUGCCUUGCUCAUUAUUAACAAAGUACAAAUAGAGAUACCACCAGACCUGCUUCAGGAAGAAGAAAAUGACAUGGGAGGGACUAUAGAUGGAUCAUCUCGUGCUUCAGCCAACAUGGGCAGGGACAACAGCGAUGGCCAUUGA